AGCUGCACACGAUGGCCUGGGGGCCCGACGAGGCGCGCCUGCACGCCGGCCUGCACCUGCUGCUGCUGCACCAGACCGCCGGCAGCCUCGUCGCCGCGGAGUCCUUCAUGACGUGGCAGCCAGAACUCGACAAGGGUUUUAUGCAAUAUUGGAAUGAAAUUCAAGAAGGGCGGCUCCUGGUACUCCUGGGCGCCGUGAGUCACCGAUGCCACGUGAUAUGAAGGUGUUAUAUAACUCUCUGUAUUCCCCUGUGAGUGACGGCACUGCCAUUGUUCUGCAUUUACAGCCUGACUUUACGACGUUCCUGGGCGAGGCGGUGACGGACUUCCUGACGCAGGAGGGGUCCAUCUUCGCGGACCGCCUGGCCUACAGGGACGCCUGGUGCCUGCUGCUGCACAAGGGCGGCGGCGUCCUCCACGAGGCACUCGUCACCUCCCGUCCCGGCCACAACUACACCAAGCACGAUGUGUCGCCGCUCACCACCCGCGUCACGGUGCCGCGCACGCCAGGUGAGAGGUGCAAGGCAGAGCGGGACGGGGCACAAGGGGACAGGAACGAGGAGAGGGGAAGGGAAAGGGGUAAAUGGAGGGGGUGCCACGAUGCCCCGCACAACAUGUUAUUUAUAGAGGUGCCCCGAGGAUUAUGAAGAGGGAAGAGGAAAGAAAAGGCUGUCACUGGGCCGCGCCACUGACCGCGGUGCCUGUCUGCCCGCAGAGCCGCGGUGCGGGUGGAACGCCGCCCCGGGCAUGGAGCAGCACGCCGCCUUCUGCCGCGCCUUCGACGGCUACGGUGCCUUCUGCAGCUGCCACGAGCCGCCCUGGUCGCCGCGCCCCGCCUCGCCCGUGAGACCCGUUGUUGACUUGUUGUUUUGUGCCUUACAGCGACACGCCUCACACAGGUGCUAAUGAGCCGCGUCUCAGGUGCCGUACGCGCUGCGUGAGGUGAUCCCGGUGGCCGUGGUGACGGCGCGGCGGCUGCCCCGCGUGCUGCGCCAGCUGGCCCAGCUGUGGGCCAGCCCCGGCGGCCUCCACACGCCCGUCUCUAUC